CGGGUCUGAAUACUCUUCAAUUGUUGAGUGUGUUGAAAGUCAAAAUGUGACUUAAAUGUGAAAAUAACGAAAAUUUACAAGAUUAUUGUUGGGUUGCCUGAUACAUUUUCAACAUGAGGCUGACUCAGUUACUAUUAAAGAGGGGCAAGGAUCAGUUCAAACUCAAUGGAGAAAAUUUCAAGUACUGGAAGAGAUUUGUUUUCCAGGAACAGGCUAAGAAUUUCUAUGGUCCUGAUGUAUACAGACAUCCACUAAUUGGUCCAAAAUCACAUGCCGACAGCAGCAAGAACUGGUAUUACACAAGACAUGCUCCUUACAGCUUUGAGAAUGUGACAGAACAGCAAUAUAAACCCAAGGAUAUGCCAACUGUUAAACCAAUUAAAGAAUGGGAAAUUUUCUUAGGCGAUAGGGUUGAGGUACUAGUGGGUCCAGACAAGGGGAAAAUCGGAGAAGUUAUCCACAUUGUGAAGGAACGAAACUGGUGCUUCGUGGAGGGCCUGCAUAUGUUCAAACGAGGCGUACAGCCAGACUACUCCAACCCAGGGGGGUUUAGCAACAUUUUAGCCCAAGAGGAGCCAUUGUUGGUCACCCAUGAAGUCAAGCUGAUCGAUCCAUCCGACAGGAAAAAGACGGACAUCGUGUGGCGUUACACCGACGAGGGGGAGCGUAUUCGUGUGAGCGUCCGUACAGGGCGUAUUAUCCCGAUGCCCAUUCUUCACCUUCACACGUGGGAAGACGGAACAAACGAUAUGAAGAAAAUCAUGGGUGAAAAUGAUACAGAUGUAGUGAAAGUGAAAGAAGAGACAUUUCAACCUAAAUUGUGUACCUUUGAAGAAGACAUCUGUGAAAGUAUGGGUAUUAAAUAUCAACCAAUAAAGAGUAGAGGAUACAAAUAUUGAAGCUGGAAUAAAAUAUUGAAAAAUC